AACGUAAAUUAAGAAUAUGAAAUUCGAUAUUAAUUUUAAACACGGUAAUAUGUAACUUAAAUUAUUCAAGUAUUGCACUUGUUUCCGGAAAUCAAAGCAGUCGCAUGCAACUGUCAAUGGCGUAAACUGGAGAACUUCAAAACUGUCCAUCAUACACGAUCAAAAUGGUUGAUGAAAAUAAUACGUUCGGUUUUGAGCUUAUGCAAUCGAUAUAUGAUAAUCAGAUAGCGAAAAAAGAGGAUGUUUUAAUAUUAUUUGUUCACUGGUAUCUGAUAAAACAUGGAUUCAGAUGUCUCGGGCUUGGUGAUUCAAAAGCAUUUAAUGAUUCAGAGAAAGGCUGCGAAUUAUUGCCAGAAGGAUGGAAUACACGUCCAAAUUACACAUUUCGUUAUAUAAACAAUAAAAAAUUAUAUAUAUUGCAUGGUAUAAAAUCUGAUGAGGAUCUGCUUAUAAAUCUAUUGAAGGUUGAUGAUCAACAUGUAUCCAGUGCACAGUUUCCGAUAAAUCAAAUUGUAAAUAAUCUUCAUGGACCAUUGGAAUCUUUAAUAUCUUCCUAUCAAAGCGUCAUAAAUAUAAUUCAAAAGGAACUUAUUGAUCCUGUGCUUCCUAAUAACACUGCAGAGGGUUCUACUCAGACAACAUCAGUAUGGAGAGAACCACGCAGUACUGAUUCUUACAGUACUCCUGAUCCUUUAAGGGUAGGACCAGGGGGGUCACGUCCUUCAUCUGUACCUGGUUUACGGGAUCCUGCUACGGAUCCUUUGAACGUAGGAUCUGCCGAUUUAAAUCCAUUCGCUCGUGGGGGCGGUGGCAUGAUCUAUGAUCCAUUUCCACCGCUUCGUAAUCCGGUUAUUCCACGAAGACCGGCUUUAGGAGUUCCUGGAAGACUGCCACCAGGAGCAGUUCCUCCUCAUGCAAGGUUCGAUCCUUUUGGUCCUCCUGAUAUUGAACAACCCAGACCACGACAGGAUCCAGACAAUGAUCAUUUACCUCCUCCCGGAUACGAUGACAUGUUCAUGUAAAACUAAAACAAUGUACUGACAGGAAAUAUAUAUAUAUCAGUUUAAGGUGUAGUUUUGUACACAACUAUCGAUCUUUAUCUAAUUUUGUAUAAAAAAAAAAAAAAAACAGAAAACAA